CAGUAACUCUGCUGGCACACAAAAUUAAAAAUAAUACUGCAGUAAAAUCGGGAUUUUAAAGUUUUAGCUGAUUAGUAAUGGUCCACCGUCCAGGAGAUAACUGGGUAAUGUGUUUAUAAUUUAUUUUUGUGAUUUUAAUUCUUUUUUCAUGGAGUGAAUUGUGUUUGUCCCUUGCACUGCAUUAGCUGUCGACGGUCAGAACGUUAUUCCAUGUGUUUUGUGGUUUGGCUGUCGUGGUGCAUGUUGAUUCUGCACGACCAACUGGUUUCCGGCGAAACGAAUUUUAUUACGUCCUCGUUUCGUGUUGAGUGAAAAUCUGUCGGAAAAUCAAUUUUUGAAUCGUGUUGCUUCACGUGGUUCGAAAUAUGGCGCAAACAGAACAUCCUUGCUACACUCUGAUCAACUUCCCAGCGGAAACUGACGCUCCCACAGAACAGCAGCUGAAAGCGGAUUUAGAAAAGGGGGAUACGAAGACAAAGAUCGAAGCCUUAGAAAAAACCAUUCGUUGUUUAUUGGGAGGCGAGAAGUUCUCAUCCAUCUUGAUGACUAUCAUCCGAUUUGUUCUACCUUCUCAAGACCAUACAAUAAAGAAGCUUUUGUUGCUAUUUUGGGAAAUCGUACCAAAGACGCAUCCAGACGGAAAACUGCUUCACGAAAUGAUCCUUGUGUGCGAUGCAUAUAGAAAGGAUCUACAGCAUCCGAACGAAUUUCUUCGGGGCUCCACACUGAGAUUUCUGUGCAAAUUGAAAGAGCCGGAGCUGCUGGAACCUCUUAUGCCGGCCAUCCGGAGCUGUCUGGAGCAUCGUCACGCCUAUGUCAGAAGGAACGCUGUUUUAGCAAUUUAUACAAUCUACAAGAAUUUUGAUUUUUUAAUCCCGGACGCCCCGGAAUUGAUCGGAGGCUUUCUCGACCAAGAGCAGGAUAUGUCUUGUAAGCGCAACGCAUUCAUGAUGCUUAUCCAUGUGGAUCAGGAGCGCGCUUUGAAUUAUUUAAGCAGUUGUUUGGAUCAAGUUGGUGGCUUCGGUGAUAUUUUACAACUUGUUAUUGUGGAGUUGAUUUAUAAAGUUUGCCUUACAAACGCAACAGAGCGAGCGCGGUUUAUUCGGUGUAUUUACAAUUUGCUGAAUUCUAAUAGUUCAGCUGUUCGUCUGGAAGCUGCUGGAACUCUGAUCACUCUUUCUGCUGCUCCUAGCGCAGUCAAGGCUGCUGCCGCUUGUUACAUCGAUAUCGUGGUUAAAGAAAGUGAUAAUAACGUAAAAUUGAUUGUGCUGGACCGACUGACUGCCCUUCGCGAGAGCGCCGUCAAUAACGAGAAGAUUCUCCAGGAACUGGUGAUGGAUAUUCUUCGUGUUCUUGCUUCAACAGAUCUGGAAGUUAGAAAAAAGACACUGGAAAUCGUACUGGAAUUGGUGUCCUCUCGAAAUGUCGAAGAGAUGGUCCUGAUACUCAAGAAAGAAGUGCAAAAGACAAAUAACGUCGUGGAACAGGAAGAUAACGACAAGUACCGUCAGCUUUUGGUGCGGACACUCCAUUCGUGCAGUGUGAAAUUUCCAGAUGUUUGCCCUACAGUUAUACCUAUGCUGACUGAAUUUCUUGGCGAUAUUCAGUCCGAAAUGGCGGCCGUGGAUGUACUGGUGUUUUUGCGCGAAGCCAUUCAGCGGUUUCCCAAACUUCAAGCUGUUGCUAUUUCCAAUAUUCUCGAAGCUCUGCCAUCCAUAAAAAAUUCCACCAUUUUGCGCGGUGCUUUAUGGAUUCUUGGUGAAUAUUGCCGAUCGAAAGACGAUAUCCAAGGCACAAUGCAUGAAAUUAGACAAAGUUUGGGACCUUUACCGAUUGUUGAAGAUGAAUUAGCAAAGCAGAGCGGAGAGCAGACAGUGAAAGAUGAACAAAUGGAGCAGAGUUUUAAAAAACUUGUGACGGCCGAUGGAACAUACGCAACUCAGAGCGCGUUAACCACGCAAUACAAAGGGAAAAAGGAAGAAGAUAAAAAAUUGCCGCUGCGCAAGCUCUUAAUGAACGGAGAUUUCUUUUUGGGCGCCGCUUUGGCAUCCACUUUAGCCAAACUAGCGCUGCGGUAUUGCGACGUUACCAAAGAACGCGCGCGACAAAACGCUUUCCUUGCUGAGUCAAUGUUCAUAAUGGCUUCUAUUCUUCAUUUGGGAAAAUCGGGCCUUCCGAAACGACCUAUUACCGAUGAUGAUCAGGACAGGAUAGGUCUUUGUCUGAAAGUUCUGGCAGAUCGGUCUCCAGUCAUAAUUAGAAUAUUCGAGGAAGAUUGCCGGCGCUCUUUAGCAACCGUUCUCCAAGUUAAGCAGAAAGAAGAGAAAGAACAGGAGCAAAAGACACGAAAAUUGGCGACCAGUGUCCAGGCCGAUGACCCCCUGUCUUUCGCGCAUCUUUCUGGACGUAGUGAUUUCGCCAAUGGUGAAGAUAUUUUUGCCGUAAGCUUGUCGGCGGCUGUUGGCCAAGGUGGAAAAAAGGAUACAUACGAUCCGGCAUCAUCAAAAUUGAACAAAGUGGCGCAGCUUACCGGUUUUUCUGAUCCCCUCUACGCAGAGGCGUACGUCCAUGUUAAUCAGUUUGAUAUCCUUUUGGAUGUGCUGAUUGUGAACCAGACUGACGAUGUUUUGCAAAACGUUUCACUGGAGCUGGCCACACUCGGAGAUUUAAAAUUAGUGGAGAAACCUAGUCCGAUAACGAUGGCGCCGCAUGAUUUUGCCAAUAUCAAAGCCAGUGUUAAAGUGGCCUCUACGGAAAACGGUGUCAUUUUCGGGAAUAUUGUGUACGAUCUGAAAAGUGGUGUAAGUGACAGGAACUGCGUCUACUUAAAUAACAUUCAAGUGGACAUUAUGGAUUACAUUGUUCCUGCGACAUGCACUGAUCUGGAAUUCCGGCUGAUGUGGGCCGAGUUUGAGUGGGAAAAUAAGGUGGCAGUGAAUACAACUAUGACGGAUCUGCGAACAUUUCUUAAUUAUCUCAUCAAAGCCACUAAUAUGAAGUGUUUAACCCCCGAUAAGGCACUGUCGGGUGAUUGCGGUUUCAUGGCGGCUAACUUGUAUGCGAAAUCGAUUUUCGGUGAGGAUGCACUGGCCAAUGUGAGCCUGGAACGCUCGUACGACAUGAAUGGCCCCAUUGUCACCGGUCACGUACGAAUUCGGGCAAAAAGCCAGGGUAUGGCAUUAAGUAUGGGUGAAAAGAUCACGUCCGCACAAAAACAGUCGGGAAAAGAGAACAAAACACGAACGGAAGACUGAACGACCUUGCUUUUUUCAUAGAAGUUUCUAUUUGGGUUAAUAUUUCUUGCGAUGGUGUUUUUAUUUUGGAAGAUAUUUCAAUAAUAUAGAAGAAUGAAAUAUAAAAUUGUGUGGAAUCUUGUGGUUCAGUUGUCUAUCAUCCAGGACGAAUUAUUUACCUUUACAGCUGCGGUUGUGCGGUCCGCGUUAAGCAUUCCGUCUUUCUCCUUACUCACGUGGCGUUUUCUGUUGUUGCUUUUUAUACCUAAGGAUAAAUAGGGAUUCAAUAAGACAAUAACACUCAUG